GUCACCACACUCAUAUAGGCCCCUGGGAGCACACCCGGGCUUUCAGCUCUGCCCCAGGCGAUGUACUCGGAUCCCAGAGCCAACUCUUCAGACAACACAACCCAAUCUGCCUUCUGCCGAAAGCCUCGGGGCUCCAGAUCCCUCUUGUCAGCUCCAGAAAGACCCUUCAAAACAAGAAUGCCAUCUCCUCUGGGCCCCCCACACCUCUCCCUCGGGGACUCCAAGACCACCACUGAGGAGCCUGAGGCCGCGCGACUCAGAUUCCGGGGUUUCUGCUAUGAGGAGGUAGAGGGGCCCCGAGAGGCGCUGUCCCGGCUUCGAGAGUUGUGUCACCAAUGGCUGCAGCCUGAGUCACGCUCCAAAGAGCAGAUGGUAGAGUUGCUGGUUUUGGAGCAGUUCCUUGGUGUGUUGCCCCCCGAGAUCCAGGCCUGGGUUCAAGGGCAGCGACCGGGAAGCCCCGAGGAGGCUGCAGCCCUGGUUGAAGGGCUGCAACACGAUCCUGGGCAGCUGCUGGGCUGGAUCACAGCCCACAUCCUGAAGCCAAAGAUGCUUCUUACAGAAGCAAAGACAAAGGAGUCUUCAGGGAGCCACCACGUCGCAGUAGCUAUGGAGUCCUCCAAGGCAGGUCCAGCAGAGGCACCACAGGAUGCUGGGAUAGACAGAUCUACCCAGAUUGAUUGCAAUGUGAAGGAGGAAGCCAGUGCUGAUGGACAGGAGAUGGUAUCCCCAAGUCCCCUCCUUCCAGCCCAGACCCCAGAGGGACAUCUUGGACACCAGGAACCAGCCUCCACAUCCUCCCACCCAGGAAGGAUCCAGAAGGAGUGGGCCCUGUUGGACUCAUCACAAAAAGAGCUGUACUGGGGCGUGAUGCUGGAGAAGUACGGCACAAUGGUGUCCCAGGCAAGCCUGCCGCUGCUAGAGCCAGAAACACAAGUUGAGUCUGAGCGGAGGCCAAAACAGGAGAUCCCACACGCAGGACCGGAGUCCCUCAGGAGCCAUCUCCCAGAAGUGGGAGCCAUUGCAGGUCCAGAGCUAGUUCAAGCCUGCGCAUCCUCUCCAAGCGAGAGCCGGAGCCCUUGCAAGGACCCUUCAGGCUUGUCUCCCACACCACCGCUUGAAGCUCCUGUUAGGCCGGCACCUCGGAAGCUGUACACUUGUGAGCAGUGCGGCCUCAGCUUCGACUGGAAGUCUGUUUUCGUCAUCCACCAUCGCACACACGUGCGUGGGCCAGGCCUGGAAAGGCCACCCCAGAUGUCCCGGGAGCCAGCCAUUCGGUGCUCCACUGGCCUUCGGGGCUAUGUGUGUGUGGAGUGCGGGCGCAGCUUCAGCUGGAAGUCACAGCUGGUCAUCCACCGCAAGAGCCAUGCAGGCCAGAGGCGCCACUUCUGCCGGGACUGUGGGUGCAGCUUUGACUGGAAGUUUCAGCUGGUCAUUCAUAGGAAGAUCCACCAGCCGCAGGGCCCAUGAGCAGCUAGAGAAGGCUGUCUCACCUUGGGGGCCUCCAGCCCCUAAUGCAGCACUCCAGGCAUGCCCACCAGUCAAGAGGAGGCUCUGGGGUACCCCAAAUGAGUCAGGGACCCCAAGAAGAUCCCCUGUUCAAAGUCAGACCCCCCAGGGUAAGAAGAGGCUGUUUCCUUCUGCCCCUGCUUUAUGGAGCCUGGUCUGGCCUGAGCCGUACUAAUCCAUGGCUGGGGUCCGGCUUGUGCAAGGGAAGGCCUCUCCCUGCUUCGAGAUGCUCAGAAAUUGCCUAAGGUUCCUCCUUGCAGUGGCUGGGCAAGAUGUCUCAGUGGAAGAUAUAGGAAAACCACAGCUGCCUUUCCAUCCUCUUGCAUGUGACCCUCAACUAACAUGCUAGAUUUUUAACACAAGUUAUACGUCUAUAACUAGAAUUUCUGAGGAAGAAUUCUGACUUCUGGCUUCCACUGAUCAAAAGAGCAGCCUUGUGUGCUGGCUGACCAGCUACAGGAACCACAGGGCCGCUGAGCCCAGACGGUUCAAUCAGUCACUUCUCUCCUCCAGCCUACCUAGUUCCUUGGCCACACACAUUGCUCACCACCCCCCUGGCCUCUGAAUUCCUGAACCUGGACUUGGAUGAACAAUAAGGGACUUUCCUUUGGGAGUGUGAGGGGACAUGAGCGGCUUCUGAGAAGGUAGACAACGCCUGGGUGCCUCAGACCAGGCAUGGCUCCAGGUCAGGCCUACACCCCACACAACCAGGUUCAUCAUUAAACUGGAGGGCAAAGAGCUACCCAGGGAACUGUGACCCUCAGGACAGGUCACUUACAACUUGUCAGUGCAUGGUGUUCUAUUAACUGUGCCUGUAAACUAGGUGACUCAAAACAGAUCUGUUUGCUAAUUGUGCCAACAUCAAAACAGUGAAAUAUAUCUCACUAGAUCAAAGAUGUUAGCAGGGGGCAGGCUCCACCUGGGAGGCACAGAGGUUACGUGAGGCCCUUGGCUUGUGACCUCUUUCUCCAUCUUCAGCAGUGGGCAAUUGUUCAUCUCCUUGGAUCACUGACUCUCUGAUUUCCACUUACAGGACUUUGUAGUGGCAUGGGCCCCAUAUAUAUUCCAGGGGUGAUCACCAUCUUAAGGUCAGAUGGUGAGGCAGAUUUUAUUUGGUUUGAGAUGGAGCCUCCUCAUGGAGCAUAAGCUGGCCUCUAACUGGUGAUCCUCCUGUCUCAGCUUCCUCAGUGCUGGAACUAUAGACUUGUACCACCAAGCCCAGGAUGGUAUUUUUAAAUUCUCUGUAUGUGUGUUUGAGAUAGUCUUGCUGUAAUGUCCAGGCUGACCUCAAACUCUCUGUGAUGGUCCAGCCUCAGCCUCCUGAGUGCUGGGGUUAAAGGUGUGCACCAUCAGG